GCUACGAAGGGAGCAUGGUGACGCUGAGAGGAAGAGUACCAGUCAUGAGAAGUUGUUGCCGUUCCUCCCCGCCCGGUGGUCGUGGUCGUAAGUGGGUCCGGUGUGUAGAGACGUCGCUUCGUCACCGCGGCGACGGGGGCAGGGAGCUUCAAGAGUAUGAGCAGCACGAGACAAAAGUUUGGGACACUGGUGACCUGCAUGAUAUGGUUGAGGCCGCCUGCGCGUUGGCCGGUCCUGAUACUGGCUUGCUACAACUAUCACGAGGACCUUAAAGGGUUAGGCGGACCUAUAUGCUCUUCGUCACCGCAAGUGGUCUCUCUGCUAUACCACGUUGACCUUCAGGUCGGUCACGGGACUCCAAGGGUAGGGGCACGGUAUGGGGCCUUGAGUGAAAGGGUUCGAUCCAACCAAAGAAAGCUACGAGCUGCUUUCAAGUACCUGGACGAAAUAUCCCCCCAAGCUGCUCGUCGUUCCGGCGUUCUCCUCGAGCCGUCCAGCACUAGCGUCAUCUCUAGUGUUGAUACUCCUCUGCCUCCGCUGCCUCUGCGCCCCUUCCCUUUCUACUUCACCCCCGCAACUCUCUCGUCACUCUUUCCACCCUCUCACCCACAACGUUUCUCACCAACCUCAUCUGCUCAACAAGAGCUUGCUUCGCAUCACCUUCGGCUCCCCAAGGAGCUCUUUUCCCGUCAGCUUCUCUGCUACGCUCGUCACGUCGUCUCGCCUCCCCGCGUCCUCAUAGCUGUGAGCAGCUGUGGUAAAGAGCAGGACGAGAUCAAGGUAAGCUCACGUCCCCGAACUGCGGCAGCAGCUGCUGCAGCUUUCUGCUGCUCAUAACAUACCACUCACCUCAUCUCGGUGCUGGGAGUGCGAUCCUCCUUCCCCAAGCGACCUUUGGCUAACCUGGAGGAGUAGCCAGAACUCUACGCGUUCUUAGUCGUGUAGCGCCAGCAGUAGCUCACCUCACCUCUACCCUUUCUUGUCACUGUCGUCAAGCAUGGGUCGUGGCUACGGAUACGAUAUGAGUUACGACCGCCUCGGUGCUAUCGCCGGCCACCGUCUCGCCCAGGAGCAAGCAGUGGUAAGCAUCGACUUACAUCUCUUCUUCAUC